AUGUUGAAAAUUAUUAUAAAGUUGUAUUUACUGUUAGUUUUACAAGUAUUCUUAAGUUCUUCAUUGCAAACAAAACCGAAAAUAACACUUGAUGAAUUUUUUAAUCAUACCAGGUUUCCACUAUUAGAUUUUUCCCCAAAUGGCCAAUAUUUGCUAAUCAAAACUGUUCGUCCUUCAUGGAAUACUAGUUCUAAUGAGAACGCUUUAUGGAUCUACGAUACUAAACAGCGGACAAGAAAAUUGAUUACAAAAAAUCUUCGUCAAUCAAUCAAACCACAAUGGUCACCUAAUGGAAAUUGGGUUGCUUUGUUACUCAAUGAAAAACCAUCGAAUACAACCAAAAGUCAUCUUUAUGGUCGAUCUCUUGAAAACUAUCCUAAAACAGAACAACAUAUUUAUUUAUAUUCUCUUCUAUCAAACGAUUUAAUACCAAUUCAAAUUGGAAAAGAUAUUCCUUUAACUUUUACAUGGUCUGACAAUGAUUAUUCACUUUACUUAGCCACAAUUAACUUAGAGUCAAUAAAACAAGAUCAUCAUUUGAAUGAAGAAGAAUGGCAUGAUGUUAUUCAAUAUCGACAAGAUAAAAAAUAUCAACAAACAACAAUCUAUCGUGUUGAAUUUACUAAAGAGAAUCAAUUAUUAUCUGUAAAAAGAUAUCUUGUAAUGAAUAUUUCAUUUUUAAUUGGUGAACUAUUAUUUGUUCCUUUCGAAGGAAAACUUUUAUUCACAUCUCUAUCACCACUUAUGGAAGAUUUAGAAGAUUUCGAACUUUAUUCACUUGAUCUUCGAACUACAUCAUCAUUAUCAUCAUUAGUCAGAUUGACAUAUAAUGAAGCUAUUGAAGAAAAUUUACGAUUAUCAAACAAUGGUGUACAUGUUCUGUUUCAAUCGCGAAGUUUAGGUUCAAGUAGAGGAGAAAUUAAUGACACCCAAACACGUCUUUAUUCAUUAAAUUUAAGCAAUGGACAAAUUACACGUUUAGCCGAGAAUUUUUAUGGUAGUAUUGAUAGUUAUACAGUUAGAUCUAAUGGUGGUGUUCAUAUUCUUGGACAAAUGGGAACAGAAAUUCAGAUUUAUUCUCAACGAUCUUCAUUAGAAGAUUUAAUUCAACAUAUUGGCUGGAAUGGAACAUAUAAAUCUAUUACAGUAUCAAAUGAUGGUUCUAUUGCAUUUGUUUAUACUUCAACAGAACAACCAAUGGAAGUUUAUUUAAUUAAUAAUAUUGAUCAACUUCAAUUAGCAGAACGUAUCACAAACGAAAAUAAACUUUUUACUCAACGAGAUUUACCUCGAGCAACAGUCUACAGAUGGAGAAAUGAAGAAGAUUAUCAAAUGAUUGAAGGAAUGUUACAUUAUCCACCAGGAAAAUUUCAAUCUACAAAUUUACCUCUUUUAGUCCUACUUCAUGGUGGUCCCUAUUCAGCAAAUGUAAAUCAAUUUAUACCAGAUUGGUAUAAUUGGGCUCCAUUAGCUGCUUCAGAAGGAUGGUUAGUAUUAGAACCAAAUUAUCGAGGAUCAAUAGGAUAUGGUGAUGAGUUUCUGCAAGAGAUUCGUUAUCGACCUUUAUCUUUGCCAGGAAAAGAUAUUCUGUAUGGAAUUGAUCAAUUAAUUCGAGAUCGAAUUGUUGAUCCAUAUAGGAUUUCUAUUGGUGGUUAUAGUUAUGGUGGUUUUCUGACGAAUUGGUUAAUUACUCAAACUAAACGCUUCAAUGCUGCUUUAUCUGGUGCUGGUGUUAUUGAUCAUACUUCAGCGUGGGGUAUAAUGGAUAUACCUAUCUUUUUGACUUAUUUAUUUGGAGGAUAUCCAUGGGAAGUUCCACAUAUAUAUCAAAAUGAAUCUCCUCUAUAUCAAUUAGAUAGAGUACAUACACCCACAUUAAUAACUACUGGCGAAAAUGAUAUAAAUGUUCCUGCAAGUCAAAGCUAUAUAUUCGAACGAGGUCUUUAUUAUCUAGGAGUACCAGUAAAACUCAUUAUUUUUCCCAAUGAAGGACAUGAGUUGGCUAUAAACCCUUGGCAUGGAAAAAUCAAAGUCCGAGAAGAAUUAAAAUGGUUAAAAAAAUAUGGUCAUCAAUUAUAA